AUGCCUCUGCAACGACUUGAAGCACUCCCAACAGAGGUCAUAUUGUCAAUAACUACUCAUAUCACCAGCCACAAAGACCGCUUCGGUUUCGCCAGAUGCUGUCAUCGUUUGUUUGACAUUGUAUACCCGUGUACAUUCUGCUCGAUUGAACUAGCCGAGUACUGCACGUCGGACCUCAGCUGGCUGAUUCACUUCCUUUUGCACCAUCAGAACGCUCGCCGCAGCGUGGAGAGCCUUAUACUAGGUCGGCCGGUCUCCUGUUCCAAAAAGCAUGUCCACUCAAAUGAUUUGCCAACAACAGACGCUAAGAUUGUCGCAGAAGUCAACGAAUUGGUCAAUUACUUUACUGGGUGGACCAAUUGGCGGAAAGAGCUCCAAAAUAGGAACAACUGCGAUGCCUGGCUUGCCUUCCUGCUCUACAUCCUGCCUAACCUGCGGUCCAUCAAAUGGGUUUGGAAAGAAUCCAGGACCCGAUACGCAGCAAAAUUAGUCGACGAAGUGAUCUUGCGUCGGGACCAGUUCAUGGGAAGUGGCCCGUUGGGCAAACUGGAAAAGGUACUUCUCAAGGGCACUGGCAGGAGAGAAGGUAUGAUUGGGCUAAAGAAAAUCCUGCCAUUCGUCUACCUGCCGUCGCUGCGCAUGUUCUCGGCUCAGCUGGUCAAAGAUUUUGAUCGGGUUCUUCCUGAGAUGAAGAAUGGCGCGUCCAGCGUAACGCAUCUCGAGCUCCGGCAGAGUAUCACGCGAACGGGAUUCGAGCGCUUGAUACGACUCUGCACCGGUCUGAAGUCGUUCAAGUACUACUACGAGCCCGGCCCGUUCACGUUCGAAAGGACGGCUACGGUAAUAGCCCAUCUGCAAAUGAGGAAGGAUACCCUCGAGACACUGUGUCUGGAUUCCGAUUCCUACUCCAUGCUGCAAGGGUUUGAGAGACAGCACCAGUGGGUUGGAUCGCUGCGAGAGUUUCGGAAAUUGAGAAAUCUCCAGCUGCAAAUGGUCCAUUUUUUUCAUCACGAUCAACAUCUCCCUCCAAGGAGGUUGGUAGAUCUUCUUCCUUCAUCGCUCGAGACUUUGUGCAUAUCUGGAUGGUGGCGUGAGAAUGAGACGAUCAUGUUGGCUGAAAUGACGGAUCUGGUGCAUGCGAGAGAUGAAUUUCCUCAUUUGUCAGAGAUGACUAUCCAGGGGAGAUUUCUUACCAAGAUAUUGUCGCCUGGUGAAAUAAUGAAUUAUCAGACAUGGACACGGCCCCUGCCGAUAAUUGACGGGAGGACCAUGGAAGACAGUAUCCUCGAGGUGACGGCGCCGUUGCGUUCCAGCUGCGAGCAAAACUGUGUCUCCUUUUUUAUAAAGGAUUACGAGGUUGAAGCUAGGGCACAAGGACAUAAGGAUCCACCUGUCCAGGAUCUGCUCCCCUUAUUCCGACAAGGAAGUUCAAUCUGGAUCUGA